CUGUAGGAACCCAGGAAACCUAACUCCAGACCAGAGGAUCUAUAUUGUAGCAAACAGCCCGUCAAUUAUUAACAGACCAGUGCUCUCAUUCCUCCAUCGUAACCAUGGCGCCCAGCAGACUGAAACUCAGCCAGCAGCCUGGGACCUGCAGCCACUGCUGCCUGGAGGAGCAGUUGACCAAUCUGCUCACACAGCGCUGACACUGGGAGCAACUGACUGACCCUUUAUGAAAGGAGUCGCUGCAGAGAGCUCUGAGCUCAGCUCUGGAUGGAUGCAUGAGGGAUUCCACUUUCUAGUUUCUAACUUUGAGUUCUUUCACCAUCAUGCGUGGUGGGAUUAUGGUAUGUUUGACCUCAUCCUCUGACCGACUCACCAGUGGAAAUAUUUAAAGAAGAGAAGACGGCUGCAGCAGCACUGCUGUCAUCAUGAAACUGACACAGAGACUCAAACUACUGAAGAAAUUUGGCUCUGAGCCCCCGGAGCCCCCACCGCUGUUGGUGGUGCCUAAACCAGGCAUGGAUGAGAUAACGAUAUGGGAGCAGCACACGAUAACCCUAAACAAGGACCCAAAGGUGGGCUUUGGUUUUGCUCUAUCAGGAGGGAAGGACAAGCCAAACCCAGAUACGGGAGAAACAGCUGUGGUGGUGUCAGAUGUUCUGCCCAAUGGACCGGCCAUGGGACGACUCUUCAACAAAGACCAAAUCGUCAUGGUCAAUGGAGUUUCUAUGGAAAACGUUCACUCUAACUACACCAUUCACACCCUAAAGGCAUGCGGCAAGACGGCAAACAUAACAGUUAAACGGCCUCGAAAGAUCCAGAUCCCGGCCACCUCCAGACCGACAAGAGCAGCCUCACAGUCCAACCUGCUGGAUCAAGAUCCUCCCAGACGAACGCGCCGCUACUCUGAUGGCAGCGACAACAGGGACGCGGGACGCUACAACCCCCGCGGCCGCAGCCCCUCGCCUCAGCGUAACGGUUACGGAGCAACACUGCCACUGAUGUCCGGGUACAAGAGGCUGCCGCAGAACAAUGCUCCUGAGAAACCCAUUAAAACCACGCUGAUUAAGAAGAAAAUCACAGACGAGUACGGAUUGAAGCUGGGAAGUCAGAUCUUCAUAAAGCACAUGACAGAAAGCGGCCUGGCUGCAAAGGAAGGCACGCUGCAGGAGGGAGACCUCAUUUUAAAGAUUAACGGAAUGACGACGGAAAAUCUCUCCCUCCUGGAGACCAAGCACCUGGUGGAGAAGAGCCGGGGCAAGCUGACCAUGACGGUCCUCAGAGACGACCGCAAGUUCCUGGUCACCAUCCCUGAGGUGGACGACAGCCCCCCCAACAGCGACGAGGAGCGUCGCAAAGACAGCAGCUCCGAGCUGGAAGACAUUUCAGACAUCGAUGAGGACAUCACCCCUCGUCGGGCAACGCGUCAACACACCCGAGAGAAACGGACCCGCAGAACGAGAGCUGAGCCUCCUCCAAGAGCCAAGUCCAGGGACCCGUCGCCCGUACGCUCCACGCUGAGUCGGCCUCCUCCGAGAUCGUACGCCUCCCGCAGAGCUCCUUCUGAGUCGGAUUCAGACCGCAGCGCCACUCCUCCUCCUCCCGUCAGGAGAGUCAGCCCAGAUAUGAAGGACUCCAGCAAAUACAGAGCUCUACCAGGACUGUCCACCCUCCCAAACCCUCGAUCUUCUCCUGUGAACAACUGGAGCCUGCCUCGGCCUUCCUCCGCCUCCUCAAGGCCACGCAAGCCGGUGUCUGAUUCCGACUCUGACCGCAGCGCGUCCCCACCCCCACGGAGAGAGAGCCCUCUCCCAGAUGCCAGAUACAAAUCUCUCUCCGAUCUUCCCCCCGCCAGCCUCAGAUCCUCCCCCAUACAUAUAAGAGACGAGCCACCAAGAAGGGUCAACUCCCCAGUGAGGAUCCCACCCAGAGAUUCUGAUUCUGAGUCGGACAGCACCUCGGCACCUCCUCCGAGGCACAGCACUUCGUACAGCCAGGACUCCCUCAGCAGAUACAGAGUCCUGCCCGAGGUUUCUCUGCAGCCUCACGUGGAGCCGCCUCGAUGGAGCGAAACCAGCGAGCAGCCACAGAAAGCUGACUCAGAGCAGGAAUCAGAGGCCAGCUACGCAUCUCCCCCCCGCAGGGACACCUCAGGUAGCGGGAACUCAAACCGAGCCAACAGCAGACGCAGAGUCCUGUCUAAGAAGGCAACUUCAGUCCCUUCAAAGCAGGAUCCUCCACGUCAGGUCAAAUCCCCGACCCGACCGCCCCCCGAUGAGUCCUCAGAGUCGGAUGAGCUUUCACAUCUCAGGAGGUCUGGCAGCUCUGAGGGAGAGGAUCAGCGCCGCAGUGUUCCCCGCGGUGCUAAUGGCGGCGGCGCCAUCCGAUCUGGGAUUUCAGUGAAAAAUAACCCUCAACUCUACUCCAAACCUGUGGAAGAGCCUCUCUAUUUCCUACCUCCAGACUCGUACCCGUCCUCUAAUCCUGGGUAUAGCUCGGAUGUAAAUACGGUGAGGUUUGUUAAAGGCCGCAGUUUGGGCCUAAGACUGGUGGGAGGCAAUGAUGUGGGGAUCUUUGUAGGUGGAGUUCAGCCAAACAGCCCCGCAUAUGAGGAGGGGAUGAAGGAGGGAGACCAGAUCCUGAAGGUAAAUAACAUCGAUUUUGGCCAUUUCACACGAGAAGAAGCUGCCAACUUCCUCCUGAAUCUCCCAGCAGGAGAGCGGGUGGAAAUAUGCACUCAGAAGAAGAUGGACAUCUACAAGAAGAUCAUCAAGUCCAGCCUGGGGGACAACUUCUACAUCCGUACCCACUUUGACUACGAAACGGAAGAGCCCCGGGGCCUAAACUUCACCAGGGGAGAAGUGUUCAGGGUCCUAGAUACGAUGUACAAGGGGAAGAUAGGCAACUGGCUGGCUGUCCGCAUGGGGAACGACCUGCAUGAGAUGGAUAAAGGCAUCAUACCAAACCAGGAGAAGGCAGAGAAACUGGCCACCAUCGAGCGCUCACAGCGCUCCACUGGAGAGAGGCAGGGUACCGGGCCCAGAGCGGAGUUCUGGAAACUGCGAGGGCUCCGAGGAAACAAGAAGAACGAGAAGAACAACAGACGAAGCCGGGAAGACCUGCUGCAGCUCACAAUUCAGGGCAAAUUUCCCGCCUACGAGAAGGUCCUCCUGAGGGAAGCUAAUUUCAAACGACCGAUCGUUAUCCUGGGACCUCUGAAUGAUAUCGCCAUGGAGAAGCUGGUCCAUGAGAUGCCUGAUGAGUAUGAGAUAGCAGAAAUGGUUCCUCGCAGCGGAGGAGGAGACAGUAGCUCCACCGUUAUUAAACUGGACACUGUAAGGAGAAUAGCAGAGAAGGACAAGCAUCCCCUGCUGGACAUCACUCCAACUGCAGUGGAGCGACUGAACUACAUCCAGUACCACCCAAUGGUGUUGUUCCUGGACCCCCAUAGUCGCAAGGAUGUCAAGACCAUGAGGCAGAGGUACAACCCCGACUCCAACAAGAGCUCCAGGCGCCUUUACUCUCAGGCCGUCAAGAUGAAGAAACAUGCCAACCACCUGUUCUCAGCUUGUAUAGAGCUGCAGCCCGGGACCCACAAAUGGUACGACACCCUGAAGGACAGCAUCCGGCACCAGCAGUCCAAGCCUGUCUGGGUGUCUGAGGUCACGCUGGAGAGUGGAGGGGAACAGGACUUGGAUGCUCUGGACCCGACCCAGAUGGACUACCUGAGUGCCGCCAGUGACCUGGAGGACACAGACGGAGAGGCCAUCACAGACGGAGAGGCCUACACUGACAAUGAGGACCUGGAGGAGGCCUAUCCUGGUCAGAAUGUCGCCAGGUUCCCACAAAGCUCCAGAAAUCAAGGAGCCGCUUUGGCCCGAUCGUCCGAACCGGCCUUGGAGUACGAAACCCCGCCUGUUGAACGAGAGCCGAGUGACGACGGCUAUUCGGACAGAGAAAUCCCACCGUUGAUGCAUGUGCCAGAGCCCAGGUCGACCCAACAGCACGACUACAGCCCGCCCCGGAGUCCCGCUGCGGAGGAAGAGACGUCUCAUCGCAGUUUCUCAGACUCUGACUUCGAUGCUCUUGAUGUCGACCAACCCUCAGAUGGACCACCAGAUUUUGUAGCCCCCGAUCCUUUAAACCGACACUCCAUAAACAGACCAUCAUAUGAAGAGGAGGCGCCAGAGAGCCCGCAGCCCGCCCCGCUGUCAGCCAUCGAGGAGCGAUUAGAGCAGACACGUAUGGCAGAACCACAAGCCCAGGCUGAGGGGAAGAAAGGCCCGGCCUUCAUUGUGUUGGCUCAUCACCACCAAGCGGUCCAGUACAGACGGACGCAGAUCCAAGGCAGCGACAGCUCCGACGAUGACGAGUUUGACGACGAUGACGUGGUGGACGACGUGGAAUGGGGUCCCGCCACGGAGCUGUAGAGGACCAGGGGAUUCAAGAUGGCGCCAAUAAAUGUUUCACUCCUUUAACCCAUUAUUGAUUGCUAGAUUUUUUAAAUGUGUCUAGAGAGGGCAAUGUUGUCAAAUGUUUGACAAAGCUUCAGAAUUUCCCAUCGCAAACAUUUUGCCCCGCAAACAUGAGAUCAAAGUGCCUGUUUUUUUUUCAGUUUUAUAUUUAUUAUGCUUUAAAAAUACUUUAAAAAAUGUUUGUUAUAACUGUUGUAAAAUAUUAAUUCUAGUUAUAUUAGCAAUGAUGUCAAACACAGAAGACCACUCAUGAAAACAGUUUUUAAAACUUUUCUACAAUAAACCAUUGUUUCUAAUUCAGAA